UAAAUGAAACGAAGAUGCGAGUAUGAACAUCGAAAUGGACCCGCCGAACACAAUAUACCACAUUUACGAAAUAAGAUGAAUCACUUCCCCAAAAUGAAAUUGAAAACGAGUUUCACACAAUGAACGAGACGUACGAUAUUUCCGCCGAUGAUGUAACUUGGAUAUUAAGUAACUAUAGUUUUGGGAAUGGAACGAUCAGUGAGGUCGAUGCGAAUAAUUGGUGGGCCCUUAUAGCAUUAGUACUGGUUGUGUGUACAGCUGCUGGCAAUGUUUUGGUGUGCUUAGCAAUAUACUUGGAGAGGCGGCUGCAGAAUGUGACGAACUAUUUCCUAAUGUCGUUGGCGAUCACAGAUCUCCUUGUCGCGGUGUUAGUUAUGCCGAUUGGGAUUUUGACGCUUGUGAGAGGCUACUUCCCGUUGCCAGCGGUGUACUGCCUGGUAUGGGUGUGCCUCGACGUGUUGUUGUGUACAGCCUCCAUCAUGCAUUUGUGCACCAUAAGCGUCGACAGAUAUCUUUCCUUGAGGUAUCCGAUGAGAUUCGGUCGAAACAAGACGAGAAAGAGAGUGACAAUCAAGAUUAUGUUCGUUUGGAUUUUAUCUACCGCCAUGAGUCUCCCUCUCAGUUUGAUGUAUUCUAAGAAUGAAGAAUCAGUACUAAUAGGUGGUUCGUGUCAAAUUCCGGAUCCCCUAUACAAAGCGAUUGGAUCCGUUAUAUCCUUUUACAUUCCUUUGGGCGUGAUGCUGCUUACGUAUGCCCUGACUGUGCAACUUCUUGCAAGGCAACGGAAAGGUCUCGGGCAAGGAUGGGCAGCAGGCUGGCUUGGUGGGGUUCCGAUCGAACGCCGCUGCACUUGGAAGAGGUUUCUAAGUCCUAGAAGCGGGACGCCACAACAUUCGGCAGCUUCAACUGAGACUGAAUUACCACCGAUUGAUACUAGAGAUCUGUGGCUUCAGGACUCGAGUGAGCCUGCUCCGUCAGCAAUGAGCGCACUGCAUCAUUUUGGGGCAGAGAUGUUGCGUCUGUCGCGCGGCUUGGAAGCUUCCGCUGCAGCUAAGACAUCCAAAGGAACAAAUAUAUCCGAUAAAGGUGGUAUGCUUACACCAGGCUCGUUAAGCGUAUCAUCCAGUUCACCGUCAUCUAUGUUAAUAGACAAAAGACGACCGUCAUCCACAUGUGAUCCUAACACACCACUACACCGCGCUAGAAGUGCUUCUGACGAUGAAAGCAAUGAUGGUCUUCUAGCUCCAGUCACAUUAACAGCCAAAUCACGAAGUUCUGAAGAUGGACUACUUCUGCCUCCACCUUGCACUUGCCCCUACUUUGGCUCAGACUCCACUCCCCCGCGGCGGACUACAGAAGUUAUAAUAGUUCCUGGUGGGGAUAUCAAUGGAUGUAACGGUUAUCCUAGGAACGGAACUCAAAACUCUGAAGAUUCUCCCAACUUUUUUAGACGCCCGAGUAGAGGUGCAUCUUCUAUAGUGACCUGGGAAGAGGCCAGAAGAUUUCGACGUGGUUCAAGCUUUGGCACUAGGACAGCUUUAUCCACACCAGUAAGAACUAUUCGAAACCAAAGAUCAAUCAAUUGUCGUCCUCAAGGCUCAACACCACAAAGACAAGCGCCCAGAACACAUCAUUCAAGAAAUUCUAGUGUCAUAUCACGAAAUUCAUCUCGACAUGGAAGAAUACUCCGCCUAGAACAGAAAGCAACCAAAGUUCUUGGUGUAGUUUUUUUUACAUUCGUUGUGCUAUGGGCGCCAUUUUUCAUUCUGAAUAUGGUACCAGCAGUAUGUCCAGAAUGUGAAAAGAGAAUACCAAUAUGGGUAUUCGAUUGUGUACUUUGGUUGGGUUAUGCCUCAUCUAUGGUGAAUCCUAUUUUCUAUACAAUUUUUAAUAAGGUGUUUAGACAGGCCUUCAAAAAAGUGCUUUUGUGUGAGUAUUGUAAAAAAAGAUAGCCAGCACCCUGGGAGCGUAUCCGACCAUCCUCUGAUCCAGGACUUGGAGCGCUCUCAGUAAAUAGAAACGUAAGAUCUCAAUUUGUGUGAACAGAGCUUUAAGUAAAAACGCUUUUAGGUAAAAUUAGUACGUAGUUUUAAGGAUUUUUUUUCUAGUCGUAUUAUUUAAGAUAUUGUUUGAGUUCAAAUUCGGUUUUUGUACUUAAAUUUAUUUGGUGGUAAUUUAUUAGCUUACCAACGCACAAAAUAGUUUUAUAUUUUAUACAGUAGUGUAAAAAAAGCUACUCAAACUUGUUGCUACUCAAGCGUUUAUAAACGGCUUUGAGGUAUACAUUUCAAGGUGUUCUGCUGUGCAAACUAGCCACUCAAAAGAAAAUUCUAACGCAGGAAUUAAGAGCAAUAUUAUUUUAUAUACGUAGCAUACCACAAUAAAGCAAUGAAUUUUUCUUUGUUGGGUAACAGAAAUUAUUAAAUUCUUAGAUGAGUUGUUUAAAAUCUGGUAAUGUGAUGUUUCCAUUGUCUUGAUUGAAAAUAUCUCUAAAAAGAAGAUUCUAUCAGCGUAUAUCAUUGUAUUAUCUAUUAAAUGAAAUAAUAUCAUAUUGUCAUGUAAAUUAAUACACUAUUAAUUAGUAGUAUUGUUACAAAAUGAAAACUGUAUUAUUCUAGUCACAUUAAUGAGUCGCGAUGAAUUAUGAAUAUGUAAUUAUAGUUAGUAAUAUUACUUAGAAGUGUAUGUCAGUUAAAUGAGAUUCCUUUAUUGUAACGCGAUAUUUGUCUUAUUCUGAAAAUACGUAUUAUAUUAAUUUAAGUAUAUUUUAAUAAAAUAAAUGUCGAAUUAAAAAUCC